CGCGCGCACAUUACGAGUUGAAUAGUGACCCGCGAUUGCCCGCGCUCCUCUCAGUUCGCGAUACUGAAACGGUCAAUCUCCUUGUAAAUAUUGCAUUGCAAGUGCUUUAGUGAAUACUGGUGCAGGGACACAAGACGCGAAAAUGGAGGUGCUAAAUAGGCUAAUUGAGGGUUACCAUGACCUGAUGGACAACAAAAGUGACCAAAGAGUCAAAGACUGGUUCCUCAUGUCUUCGCCCUUCCCCACGCUGGCGAUAUGUCUCACAUAUGUUUUCACAGUCAAAUAUUUGGGGCCAAAAUUAAUGGCGAACAGGAAACCUUUUGAGUUGAAGCAAGUGCUGAUCUGGUACAACUUGUUCCAAGUUUUGUUCAGUUGCUGGCUGUUCUAUGAGAGUAUAAUGAGCGGAUGGUUCACCACAUACAGCUUCCGGUGUCAACCAGUGGACUACUCGAGAUCACCAUCAGCUAUGCGGACGGUGAAUGGAUGCUGGUGGUACUAUUUCUCCAAGUUUACAGAGUUCUUCGACACCAUCUUCUUCGUGAUGCGCAAGAAGUUCGACCAUGUGUCGAAGCUGCACGUGAUCCACCACGGCAUCAUGCCCAUGUCCGUCUGGUUUGGAGUCAAGUUUACUCCAGGCGGUCACUCGACGUUCUUCGGGAUGCUGAACACAUUCGUACAUAUCAUCAUGUACUCGUACUACCUGCUGGCUGCUCUCGGCCCGCAAGUCCAGAAGUACCUGUGGUGGAAGAAGUACCUCACCGCCCUGCAAAUGGUCCAAUUCGUGCUGGUGUUUUUCCACGCGUUCCAACUGCUGUUCAUCGACUGCGAUUACCCUCGAGCCUUCGUCUGGUGGAUCGGCAUGCACGCUGUUCUCUUCUACUACCUAUUCUCUGACUUCUACAAACAGGCCUACCUCAGGAAAGCAAAGAAAGCUAAAGCCAAAGUGAAGGUGGAAGACGACGCCGUCAAGUCAGAGCCUAUGAAGCUGCCCCUCUUGAAUGGGUUCAGUAACGGCUCGGCGCUGAGUGACGUGCGGCAAAGAAUGGCCGGCGCAGUCGCGUCGCAGUGAGGCACCUCACACCGCAGGGGUGAAACGAACUUUGUCGAUACACUAUGUGUAUUCCACAAACAGAAACUAGUAUGAGAAUAAAGUACAAAAGUGAAUCUCAAUUCGCCAGCUGCGUGUCUCCGAAAAGCUCAAUUAAUAUAAAUUAGCUAGUGUUUUAGGUGUAAUUUAUUGACCGAUAGCCGACAGAAUUGAUUGUAUAUUUAUUUGGGUUUUUACAGAACUGUUUUUAGUCUUGUUGAUUAUUCAUAGCUCCAAGCAGAUUGUUUUGUUUCCUAUUUAGUACCAAUUUCAUAUUUCAAGAAAUAGUUGUUCUUUUUGUUAAUGUUUCAAGCAAUUUAACCAAGUGUAUAUAUGUGAGUGCGGGGUUGUUGUUGUAACGUAAAAGGAACAUUGUAGGAAUGAUGUUUUUCUAUAUUGUUGCAAUGGCGAUGACGAUCCGUAGUAUGAAUGAAAAAGCGUGAGUCAGUGUGUGUGACUACAGAAUUUAUGAUAACAUCCUUGGAAAGGGCCGCAACGUGAACUUGAAAUUUAAUUAUAAAAACACUAGCAAGAAAACCGUGUAAUAUUAUUUUUAAGUUUUAGAAUGGAACUAAUCGUUCCCUUGGACCAUCCAUGGCCCUUUCCGACCAGCAGUGGACCCAGACCCCGUUUCUGAAAUUGGUCACAAAUUGUCAAGGCGACAUUCCAGUUAUUAGCGGACAAUCCUUUCAAAAACUGGGUGAUUGGGAAAUCUACUUCUUAUGUAAAAAGUUGUCAAGAUUCAUGCUUACCUUCCAAAAUAUUGAAGGAUGUUCCCUUUAAAAUACAAUUAUUUUAAAAGUAAGCAUGUAUCCGGCGCUGGAUGCAUUUUUUGUAAAUUGGAAAUAUUGUACAAUAGGUGUAAUUGUAAAUAUAAUAUAGGCUAUUUUUUUAUAAAUUCGAAUAUACCUUUACAUUAUUUAAACUUUGUGAUACUUAUUCGAAUAAAAUUAUGCGAAUAAAA